UUGGGAUGGUGCAGUUGAGAAGGUGGAGGCCAUGGUACCCCUCAAUAGUUUGAAGAGACUGAUGAUCUGGUGAUGAUCUGGUCGGUCCCGGGCCCCUCUUCGCUUCGUGACGCGUGGGCGCUGAAACAUCGCGAUGUCUUCCACCUGCCUAGGUCCUGAGUUCAUGUCCGAGUACUGGGAUCUUACGGAGGCCAUUCGAAUUCUCGAGAAGACUUCUGAAAGUGGAAAGCUGUAGCAUAACCGAGUCCAAAUCACUGAUCCCACUAGCUUGGCCAUCACUGACACAAAAGCUUAACAGAACACGUGGUAUUUACUUGUUGAGUCAAAGAAGAAAAUUCUCAACUAUGCCAGAAUUAGAAACAAACCAGAGAAACUCUGAAUUGUUUACACCACCCUCUGAUGUUCGAGGAAUGACAAAACUUGAUAGAACAGCUUUUACAAAGACAGUCACUAUUCCAGUACUUAAAGUGAGAAAAGAAGUAGUCAAUAAAUUGAUGCAAUCUCUUAAAAGGGCAACAUUGCGGCGCCCGGGCAUAAAACGUGUGAUUGAAGAUCCAGAAGAUGAAGAUGGUAGACUAAUUAUGUUGGAUCCCUAUAAAAUGUUUUCUCUUGAUUCCUUUGAAGAAACAGAACUCAGUAUUUUAAAGCAGCUUAAUGUCAAUCCACAGAUAUCUAAAUAUAAUUUGGAACUAACUUAUGAAAACUUUAAGUCAGAAGAAAUCUUAAAAGCUGUGCUUCCUGAAGGCGAAGAUGUGACUUCGGGGUUUAGCAGAGUUGGACAUAUCGCCCACCUGAACCUUCGAGAUCAUCAGCUACCUUUCAAGCAUUUAAUUGGCCAAGUUAUGAUAGACAAAAAUCCAGGAAUCACCUCAGCAGUAAAUAAAAUCAAUAAUAUUGAUAAUACUUACCGAAAUUUUCAAAUGGAAGUGCUGUCUGGAGAGGAGAACAUGAUGACCAAGGUUCGAGAAAACAACUACAACUAUGAAUUUGAUUUUUCAAAAGUCUAUUGGAAUCCUCGUCUCUCUACAGAACACAGCCGUAUCACAGAACUUCUCAAACCUGGGGAUGUCCUUUUUGAUGUUUUUGCUGGUGUUGGGCCUUUUGUCAUUCCAGUAGCAAAGAAAAAUUGUACUGUAUUUGCCAAUGAUCUUAAUCCUGAGUCCCAUAAAUGGCUAUUGCACAAUUGUAAAUUAAAUAAAGUGGACCAAAAGGUAAAAGUCUUCAACUUGGAUGGGAAAGACUUUCUCCAAGGACCAGUCAGAGAAGAGUUAAUGCAGCAGUUGGGACCGCUGUCCAAAGAAAGAAAACGUUCUGUGCACAUUGUUAUGAACUUGCCAGCAAAGGCUGUAGAGUUUCUCAGUGCCUUCAAAUUGCUUUUAGAUGGGCCACCUUGCCGCAGUGAGCUCCUUCCCACAGUGCACUGUUACAGCUUUUCCAAAGAUGCAAAUCCUGCUGAGGAUGUGCGGCAGCGAGCCGGAGCUGUGUUAGGUGUUUCCCUGGAGGCAUGCAGUUCAGUUCACCUGGUUAGAAAUGUGGCCCCUAGUAAGGAAAUGCUGUGCAUCACCUUUCAGAUUCCUGCUUCCAUACUCUACAAGAAACAGCCCAUAAAUCUAGAGAACCAUGAAGACCCACCUCUUAAACGUCAGAGGACAGAUAAGGCGUUUUCAGAAGAAAAAAUACAAAUUGCUUCAAAAACUUAAUUGGAAAUAUUUUGUCCGUCUGCCCACUAAACUUUUAUGUAGUAAAAUAUAAUUUGUAUGACUCCAUAAAAUUUUAGCAGUUACUUUGCUAUUGAAACCUUAUAUUUUACCCUUGCUGUCUUAAAUAAAUUUCAGUAUUACCAAAUUAAAAGUUACCUGAAAUGUCUUCUAAAUAUAUUCUUAAUUUUUUAUUAGCUAACCAAACCCGUUGCCAUCGAGUCAAUUCUGACUCAUAGCAAUCCUACAGGACAGGAUAGAACCACCCCGUAGAGUUCCAGGGAGUACCUGGUGGAUUUGAACUGUCAACCUUUUGGUUAGCAGCCCUAGCUCUGAAUGACUACAUCACCAGGGUUUCCUUUUAUUAGAUAAAUAUGUUUAAAUAUUGUCUAUCUCUUAGAGAAUAGUCUUUGAAGGUAGGAUAAUAAUUGUGUUGUGUUCAACUAGGAAGGCACUAAUAUCACUUUGCAGUUAUCCUUUGUCGAAGAGUUUGGCUAAAUUUUUAGCCUCUACACUACCAAAUCACCAUCAUUGUGAUAAUAAUAACACAUGAGAUUAUUUAGAUCAGGGGUAGGUAAACUAUGUCCUGCAACCCAAAUCUGGCUCACCACCAAUUUAUUUUGGUAUGGCCCACAAGCCAAGGAUGGUUCUUAAAAUUUUAAAUGGUUGAAAGAAUCACAAGAGUAACAUUUUGCAACAUGUGAAAAUUAUACAAAAUUCCUAUUUCAGUGUCCAUAAAGAAAUUUUACUCAAACAUGCCAUGCAUGUUGGUUUACACGUUGCCUUUGGCUGCUUUUGUGGUACAACAGCACAACUGAGUAGUUGCAGCACAGACUGGAUGUGAUUUUCAUCGCUUCAUACUACUGCUCUGCGUACCACACAUUACAGUGAUGCUGAUGUAACUCACCAGCAUUUCAAGUGUCAUAUAUAUUUCCACGCUGCAACAUUUUACUUUAACUUUUUAUUACCAGUACCCAUCAUGUCAAAAUUUAAAAAGUAGACUUCAAAUGUCAUGCUUUGAAGGCACAGUAAAAUGUGAAUUAUUUUGAUAAUUAGGUGGCAAAGCAUCUAUAGCUGAGCAAAAAGAAUACAAUAUACUUUGACAUUACCAUAUGAAGCACUCAUCACAAUAUUCCCAAGUCACAACGGUCAGAAAUAUUAGAAAAUUCAAAAUGAGAAUAUCUCAUCAUGCGUAUCACAAACAUGACAAUGAAGCUGCAAUCAAAGUAAGUUUCUGAGUGUCUCAUUUGUUAGCCAAGAAAAGCCAUUUACUGAUGGUGAGUUGUUUUUGAUUGCAGCAGCCCAAGAGAUCUGUCCAGUGACAAUACACUUGUUUUAAGACAGAGCCUUUCAGUGAGAACAGUUGCUCAGAGUUGAGAACAUGGAGAGUAUCAGUUGAGACAAAUGAUUUUGAGUGAUUUCUUUGGCUCUUGAUGAGUUCGAGUACUGCUCAUUUUUUAUUUGUGAUGUCAGUGCUGAGAAGUGACUGGUGAAUUAACCUCUGAAGUCUAAAUGGGACAACUACAGGUGAGAAUAUUUUCAAAGAAGUUGAGAAAACAGUAAUUCAUUGCAGCCUGAAGUGGAAUCAGCUACAUUACACUACAGCUGAUGGUGGUGAAAAAUGCGUGUGGAGCAGAGAAAGGCUUAGUUGGACAAAUCGACAAAACUUGUGAAAACCUGGCUGAAAAUAUUUGAAUCUAUCAUGCAUGUUGAACUAGUAGUGUCAACAGUAAACUUCAUUUGUUCUUAGGGACUUAAACUGUCUUCAAUUCCUUGAAUUUUGUCAGAAAUCGAAGCUGAAUAUCCUGACUUGCCCUGCCUAAGUUUGAUUAACAAUGGUAAAGUUUGAGUGCAAUUUUUUGAGCUCAGGGAUGAGAUUGAGAUUUUUCUUAAGAAAAACUGCCCGCAAACACUACUCUGGAGCACUGGAUGGCUUUGGAAAUUAGCUUUUGCUGAAGACUCAGUAUUUCUUAAAGAAGGCAACCUAAAAUUACAAGGCAAAACAGAACUUAGAUGUCAAACAUACUGUGGUAAAGUCAUUUAGACAACUAAUUUGAAUCAAGAUAUCGUUGCUUUAUACAUUUAUCCUGCUGUCAAAAAUUAAAACAAGAUUUUCAUUCUCACACAAAUUAGCGGAUGUAUUUCCUGAGUCCGUAUUUUUUUGGACCAUCAUGCAAGUCCAAGAGAAAUUUCUAUAUUUCAGAAUCUACUUAACUGCAAUUAAGGAGAUUCCACGUAACCUUCAAUUGGUAGUGAUUAAUAUGCUAUGUUGUGACAUGCUAAAAGGCAAAUAUCAAAAGAAAAAUCUAAUGGGAUUUUAUAAAUUCCUUCCAGAUGGUACAUAUGCUCAGUUAAAAUCAUGUUCCUGAAUUGAUACUAGUUUUGGCAGUACUUAAAUAUGUGUGAAAAGACAUUUUUAAAUAUGAAAUACAUAAAAUCUCUUUACAAGUAACUAUUAACAGAUGAUUAUUUGCAGUUGAUUUUGAUGAUAGAGAACACUUAGAACCCCAAUUGAGGGAUAUGUUAUUCCCUAAAAAGAUACUACAAAAACUUGUACUCUUAUUAGAGUUUAAAUUUUGUCUAUUAAAAAUUGUGUCAAUUUAUCUCAUAUGUUGCUUUUAGUUGUUGAAUCGAUCCCAUGUGUGCAGAGUAGAACUGCUUUUCAAGGCUGUUAGAACCUACAUAGUAUCCUAGAUUUUGCCUCUUGGCCUGCAAUGCCUAAAAUAUUUACUAUCUGGCCCUACAAGAAAAAUUUGAGAACCUUUGAUCUAGAUCAUUAAUUGUAAGCUCAAAUACCUUCGGAAGCCAGGCAGAUAUUUAAAAGCAUUAAGUUCAAAUUGUUUUGAAUCUCAACCCACCUUAUCCUCUGCAAAGCCUUGGAACCAGUUCAUCCAGGGAUUGCCAGUUUGUGACUUCUGAUUCUCUCUUCUUCCCCUCAAUGAUGAGUAUGGAAUUCAGGGGUUAGAAAAGUUUUUCUGCAAAGGGCCAGAUAGUAGGCUUGUGGUUCAUAAAGUCACUGUUGCAACUUCUCAGCUCUGAUGUAGCGGCACAAAAGCAGCCACAGACAAUACGUAAACAACUGAGUGUAGAUGUAUUCCAGUAAAACUUUAUAGACACUGAAACUUGAAUUUUAUAUCCUUUUCAUAUGUUAUGAAGUAUUCUUUUUAAUUUUUCCAACUACCAAGAAAAAAACCGAUCUUAGCUCAUGGGGCAUAUAAAAUAGGUGGCAGGCCAGCUUUGGCCAGGGAGCUAUAGUUCACCUUCCCCUGAUGUAGGUGAACAGAAUUAAUUUACAAGUAGGAAUAAAUCCUUUUCCGAGUACUGUUCACUGAUGUGCUAGGUUAUAUGAAUAUUAAGUAUGGGUACAAAUGAUGUUCUUAUUUACAUAUAUAAAGUGGUACAGACUCUUGUCUCCUUUUAGUUACCCCUUAAUUAGACGAAAUAUACAGUAUAUAAUUAGUUAUCUACUGUUGCUAUAACAGGAAUACCACAAGUGGAUGGCUUUAACAAACAACUUUAUUUUCUCAGUUUAGGAGGCAAGAUGGAAUUCAGAGAGCCGACUCUAGGGGAAGUUUCUCUCUCUCUCUGCUCUAGAGGGAGGUCCUUGUCUCUUCAACUUCUGCUUCCUGGUUCCUUGGAGCGUUCCAUGUGUCUUGGCAUCUAUCUUACCCCAUCUCUGCUCACUUCCCUCUCCUUUUGUCUCUUGUAAGAUAAAAGGUGUGACUCGAGCAAGGGUGUGACUUGAGUCAUACCCUCUUGUAAGGAUGCAUGACUCAAGAUAACACCCCGCACUGGUCCUGCCUCAUUAACAUAAAGGUUAGGAUUUAUAACAUCACAAAAUGGAGGAUAAAUUACAUCGAAUCACAAAAUGGAGGACAACCACAGAAUACUGGGAAUCGUGGCCUAACCAAGUUGACACAUAUUUUGGGGGAACACUAUUGAAUCCAUAAGAAUUACAAAGAAAAUAUGGAAUCCUUAAAUAUUUCUAUUAACAUUUAAACCCUCCCCCUUUUUUCCUCUAAUAUAUGAUUAUUUAAAUCUAGGCCCAUCCUGAACUUUCAGAUGUGAUUCUUGGUAAAUGAAAUCCACUAGAAAAUGACAACUGGGAACCUCAUGAGAGACAGUGUUUUAAUUUUGUUAACUUUUUGAUAAAUUUUCUGCCAUCUUAAUUAGAUUUUGAAAUGAUAAUCUGACCACCUGUUGAGAGCCUAAAGAUAGCUUCUAAGAGAAGCUUAGAUGAAAUAUUUAUUGGGUCAUAUUAAGGAAUACUAAAUAAUAAUGUAAUCUAACAUGUAAGUGUAUUCAAUAUCAUUAAUAUUUGCUUAAAAGGGAGUAUAAUUACUAGUAAAAUAAUUUUCUACAGAAAUGAAUUUCUCAGAAAUUCUCUCAAGGAUAUCAACAAGGUCAUCAUUUAGUCAUUUAUAUCCUGAUACUUGAUCUGUAAAACUUCAUGGAAGUCUUAUGAAGUUUGCUUACCCAGAUCCCGUUUUAGCAAAGCUGUUUGUAAGUGGAGUGUAGACUUGAGUCUAACUGCUUGGGUUCAAAUCCCAGCUCUACUACUUUUAAGUCGCGUUAUUUGGCAAGUUACUUAACCUCUCUAUGCCUCAGCUUCUCUAUCUGUUAAAAUGAGGAAAAUAAUAGUAGCACUGUUGUAAGGAUUAGGUAAUACACAAAGCAUGAAGCACACUGCCUAGCAUAUAGUUAAUGUUCCUUAGUUGUUAGCUAUUAUCUCUGUGUUAAUGUUGUCGAAUGGUUCCCUAGGUGUCACAAAUGAUUAAGCACUUGGCUCCUAAACAAAGUGUUGGUGGUUGGAAUCCACCCAGAGAUACCUCAGAAGAAAGGCCUGGCAGUCUACUUCCAAAGAGAUCACAGUCAUUGAAAACCUAUGGAGUGCAGUUCUACUCUGAAAACACAUGGGGUCACAAUGAAUAGAAUCACUCAACGGCAACGGUUUUUUGGUUUAAGUUUUUAAUGUUAUCAAACAUUAAAACAUUGGGAAAACUACAUUAAUUCAUGUAGGUGAAAGACAUAUAACCUAUUUUGUCUGAAAGAGGAAAUCACUGGGAGAGUAGGGAAAACUACAUCAAUUUAGAAUAUUUCUGUUAUUUAGUAAAUUCAGUGAAUUCUUAUCACUAGGUUAUCUUUCACCAUUCCAUUUGAUCUAAGAGAAACAGUUAACUUCUAAAUUUGGCCUACUGAACAAAGAAUGGCAAAAGUAUACAGAAUACUUACAAAUGUAUAAAGGUUUUGGAAUUUUAUUUACCAGAUUAAGUGUAUGCAAUUUCCAUAAUGAUAAAGUAGGCUCAAUUUAAAAUAAAUCUUGAUAUUAAACAUAAUGUCAAAAUGUUCUAUUAGUUCAUUCAUUUAAAUAUAUUAUACAAGGUACUGAGAAUAAGUUAAAAGUUUUUGUUUUGUUUUUGGACUGGAUACUUUUCUUUGGAGUUGAAAGCAGCACUCUUAACCCUAAGUCGAAUACUGUCACUAUUCUUUGAACCAACUUACAGGUUGUACUUGAAAUACUUAUCUUAAUUGGGGACUACCUAAUAGAUAUUAGGAAUAGGAUGCAGCCUGGUACAGUGUAGAUAGAACUGGACUUGGAUCAAAAACCUGUCUUCUAAUGCUGGCUUUUACUAAUUAGUGUAUAUGAUCUUGGCCUAGUAAAUUAUUUGAUGCCUUCGCUUUCUCAUUUAUCAAAAGAUAGAAGUAUUGUAAAAACGAAGAUGUACACCUGAAAAUACCUGCUUAAUAAAAUAAAGUACAUACAGAUAUUCUACCCUAAUGGAACCUCAAAUAUUGUUUCACAUAACUUUCCAGCCAUAAGCAUCUGUUGUAAUGGAGAUUUGACAGGAAGUUCCUUAAUUUCCUUGAGAAGCUGUGUCUCGUAUCUAGUGAUCUAUGUAACAGACUCAUGCAAGGUUGAGAUGCUGCAAAUAUCCACCCUAUCUACAUCCAAAGUUGUUAAGCAAAACCCUGAGUAUAAUGAAAGCCUUUGAAGUUUCAACAGAAAACUACAUCAGAGUCUGCAAUUUACGAAUAGGGAAAUUUCACUUAAAAGGUACCUUUUCCAGUCUCCAAGGUUUCAUCAAAAAGUGAGCUCACAUUUAAGGUGAAAGGUGCCAUUUAGGUAUUAAAUUUUAUUAACUUCUUUGAAUUUGUCAUUAAAGUAGGUUAAUGCUCUGCUCUGGUUUAGCCUGAGUGUAGCUCACAGCUGGGAACUGUAACACCUUGAUCAAGGUUUGCCUCACUUUCCACUGCUUAAAGCAGUCACAGAGUCUUACUAUUGAGAAAGUAACAUUAUCACCAGUUGGGUUUUAACUUGCCACAACCUGCUGGUAGAAGGAAAUAUAUCCACUUGUCUGGACUAGUAUUAAGAAGACACUGGGAAAAAGAAGAAAAAAAAAAAAAAACCACUUUAUGAGAAGAAAUAA